CAAGAUCGUGCAGCACGGUACCAUGGAUUCACAGGCAGGAAGGGUUGAGGAUCUGGAGGACGAUCUAUUGGAGCGCAUCCUGAUCUUGCUCGAGUUCGUGACACAGUCGCGAGAUCUUUGUGCACUGGCAAGCUGCUCAAAAUCUCUCUGGAAAAUCGGUUGUCGCGAUGGAAUCUGGGCCAGCGUUUUCAAGAGACGCUGGCCCGCGGCCAUCCCUUACAAGCAGCCUCACGAGGAUUGGAGAACAUCGUACGCUCAUCGCCACCUUGAGAUGGCAAGCUUGGCCGGAGCCGUGAUCGAGUUUGUGAGAAUGUACGCCUGCGAAGAAUCGCUGGAAGUCGCCAACUAUCUCAACGCUCUCGACCUCCUGUGCGUGCGAGACAUUGGCUUCCAGGACGUUCUCAUCAAUCUGUUCUCGCCAGCUUUGAGCGUCCUGGUGAAUCUAAUCGGCUUGCACUACUCGCUCGUCCAUCUCAAGAUCCAGGAUGAUGCUGUGAGAGACGCCCUCGUUGGGAGGAAGAUUUCCGAUCGACACAUAUGCUUUCGGUGGUGGAGCAUGGGUGUUUGGUCCAAUGGCUUCCGCCGGCGAGACGAGAUGCACAUGAAGAUAGCGUCCUUGUACGAGCUCACUGAGCCUCGCCAGCGAUUUCUCUUCAAGGUGAUGGAACGAGGUACUGUUCAUGAGGUUUUGCGGGUGCAAAUAUCAGCAGAUUUUAAAUCCAGCGCUUGGGUUUGGAGGGAUAUGCACUCGCAGCGGUAGCUACAGUUCUUAGGAUAGUGCGACGGCUUGGCCAUGAAAUUCGCGAGGGCUCUUAGACAGAGUUCUGGUGUUUUUAGCACUGAUCUUACAGAAAUUGGGCUCGCGGUAGAGUCACAGCGCAUGGGAGGUAUGAUUUCUCUUCUAUAGUUUCCCGUUCAGUUCAUGCUAACUUUUUAAUGUUUUUCUCAUUUGUAAGUGCUUGAGCUUCCAUCGAUUUGAUUUUGAGACUUUCAGAAACUACUUCGCAGGAAAAUCUAAAAAGCUUGUUUUCAUCCCAGUAAAAUCUGUAAAAUACAUAUGAACCUUGUAUUCAGCCGCGUCAGCAGCCAACGUGGCCAUGACGUGGGUUGGGAUAAGCUACCACGUGGCGGUAGCAGGCUCUUUCGUUUCUUAUCCGGGGGGAGCGUGUGCACUCCACAAGCGUCUCUGGUGCUUGGCAUACGUAGCUAGGGUUUUGAUCGCUCUCGAGGACGAUUUGGAAGGAGAAAUGGCCCAGUUUGGUGUGGGAGGGAUCGCGUUGCAAGCCCCUCAAAGGCCACUCUUCUUGAGCGCCGAGAAGAAGCAGCAGCAGCAGGAUGGUGGAGGGUUCUUGGACUGGUUGCUCAAGGGAUUGGACAAGGAAACUUUCUCGGAGAAGGAUCCGGUUUUGAACCAGGGCGAUGGAAAUGAUCGAUCCAAUGGAGCUGCGUCGUCAGCGGUGCCAUCGAGCAAGCAGAAGAAAGGAGCAGGGACAGCAGCAGCGCCCUCCAAGGGUGGCUUCUUGGGAGGACUUUUCGGAAAGAAGGAUUGAAUUGUAGACUUCCUUUAGUGCGUAAAAAGAACGCUUCUUGUCAGUAAAAAGAAACGUUUCUUGCU